CUCUACCACGACUCAACCAUCAUGCCGACGCGGCGGGGCAAGAGGACGCACAAGAAGCGCGCUCAAUUGGAUGACGCGCACGCGCACGUCGUGCACAAUGAAGACGACGAAACGGUGGCUGGGCCAAGCAUCCCUCGUAUCCUUGUCCCGACUGAGGACGCGGAGCCGGACGAGCCGGACGAGACGCCCGUGUCGUCUGUACCGCCCUCGGGAGACACGUCGGCCGCGUCCAGCACCCUCCACACGCCGCUGGGCACGCCCAUGCCCGUGACGGAGGGGAGCACGGCGGUGGAGACCCCGCGGAAUCUGCGGCAGCGGUUUGCGGAGAUGACGCGCGAGAUUGGCAAGGCGGGGGAGGAGCUGAGUGUGCGGAUUCGGCGCAAGGCCGACGGAAACUUCAAGGUCCUCGCACCUGGCACGCCGUACGACGAGCUCGAGCUCCACGACAUAGACCACCCGAUGCACAAGAAGCGGCGCCGGCACCGGCGGGACGAGGGGUGGACGAAGUGGUUCGUAGGCCGCAGGGUGCUGUUCCCAGUCGCAUUCGCACUUGGCAUGGCCGCCGUGUGGACCGCCACGCAGCCGGAACUGCUUGGCGGAGAGCUCACGGACCUGUGGCCGAUGCUGCAGAGCGACAUGAGCAACUUUCUCGGAAACAUGUCGAUGUUGGAUUCUGCCAAAAAGGCCAUUUUCGAGUCGCGCGACUUCUCCGUCGGCGACAUUCUCUCGCACGAGCUCGGCCUCGAGGCCAAACACCCCGUCAUAAUGAUGCCGGGCGUGGUGACGUCGGGCCUGGAGAGCUGGAGCACGGAGCCGAUAGCGCGGCCAUGGUUCCGGUCGCGGCUGUGGGGGACGAGCACGAUGAUCCGUGCCGUCCUGACGGACAAGGAGCGGUGGGUGGAGGCGAUGGGGAUCGACCUCGAGACGGGGCUCGACCCGCCGGGGCACCGGGUGCGUGCCGCGCAAGGACUGGACGCGGCGAGCGAGUUCAUCCAAGGCUACUGGGUGUGGCAGAAGGUAGUGCAGAACCUCGCGACGAUCGGGUACGACACGAACACGAUGGACAUGGCGGCGUACGACUGGCGCGUCGCGUACUACAACCUCGAGGUGCGGGAUGCGUACCUCUCGCGCCUGAAGGCGCGGAUCGAGCUCAUGCACAAGCUCUCGGGCCACAAAGUGGUGCUGGCGUCGCACUCGAUGGGGGGCUCGCUCAUGCUCUACUUCCUCAAGUGGGUCGAGGCGGAGCCGGACGCGCUCGGCUUUGGUGGCGGCGGCGGGCCGCGAUGGGUCGAAGACCACCUCGAAGCAUGGGUGAAUAUCGCCGGCACGCUCCUCGGCGUGCCAAAGGCCAUGACGGCGUUCAUGAGCGGCGAGAUGCGCGACACGGUCGAGAUCAACCCCCUCGGGUCGUAUGUCCUCGAAAAGUUCUUCAGCCGGAAGGAGCGCGCCGAGCUCUUCCGCCGCUGGCCCGGCGCCAGCUCGAUGUACAUGAAGGGCGGGAACCGGAUCUGGGGCGAUCUGGACGGGGCGCCCGACGACCCGCCGAACGCGACGGACACGUACGGCCGCUUCUUCUCGUUCCGGCGCACAGCGUCGACGAAGGAGGAGGACAUGGACCGCACGAACAUUUUCCCCAACCUCACGGUCGAGGAGACGGUGCCGUACGUCCUGGACCACACGAGCGGCGCGUACCAGCGCAUGUUUGCUAGUAAUUACAGCGUCGGGUUCGAGACGGACCCGAAGCAGCUGCGCAAAAAUGCCAAAGAUCACACCAAGUGGACGAACCCGCUCGAGGUCGAGCUUCCGCGGGCGCCCAGCAUGAAGAUCUACUGUCUGUACGGGCACGGCAAAGAGACUGAGCGCGCGUACUGGUACGUUAAAGGGGAGUAUGAAGAAGGCGAGGGCCGCGAUGCGCUCGGCACGCAGUGCGACGCCGAAGACGACAUGUGCGAGCGCACGCCCGGCGACUUCCCGCUCAUGCGGAACCACCGGAUCGAUAACGACGUAACGCUCAAACACGCGCUGCCGGAAGUACGCUCGGGCGUCAAGUUCAGCGACGGGGACGGGACGAUCGCGACGGCGAGCCUGGGCGCAAUGUGCGUACGCGGCUGGCGCGGCCGCACGCGCUGGAACCCAGCGGGCAUCGAGGUCGUGACGCGCGAGUUCUUGCACCAGCCGGACGCGCUGGACCUGCGCGGGGGCGCUGGGACGGCGGACCAUGUGGAUAUUUUGGGGAGCGCGCCGCUCAACGACGCGAUCCUCAAGAUCGCGGGCGGGCGGGGCGACCUCGUCGAGCCGCAUAUUGGGAGCGAGAUUGAGCGGUACGUCGAGCGGAUGCGGUGGGAUUAGGCAUGUGUGAAUGCAUGGGUGGGUGAGUGCCACAAGAUGAGCUUAAGCGGAUUAUGCAUUAUUAUGCGUGG